AAACGAUGAUUGAAGUUUCUGAACGUUAUCACAAACAAGUCGGGUCACUUCGUUUCGCAUCGAAGCACUCCUACCUAGAUUUACAACACUAGUGCAAAACGAAACGUUGCUAGAAUAUGACGGGUCUCAUGUUCUGCGGGGAGAUGUUAUGACGUGCAGCAACUGUCUUUGUUUCAACAACAUUUGUAUAGUUUUCGAGAAGAUUGUUAGUUAAAAUGUUGUGAUAGAUCGUAUUUUGUAUGAUGUGAUACGCCGUGGUAUUGCGACAUGAAUUUUCCCAAAGCAUGACCGUGCCAAUAGGAGUUAUUAGCAUAGUUAGGAUUUCGUAUUGGUUAAGUUGUGUGAAUGUUGUGUCAAUAAUGAGAUAGUGGAGUGUUGUGAUGUGGUUCGGGGACAUGCGGGGGUUGGUGUGGAUGGCGUGGGUGGCCGUGGCGGUGGCAGCAGUGGCCGCGACUCCCCUGGAGUCCGAGAUGCCCGUCCCGCGAGGGGUGAAAUUAACACCGUUCGUGCGACACUGGCAGCCGGCCGCAUACGACCGCGUGCGGCGGCGGCGCUCGGCGUCGCCCGCGCACGCGCCCAAACUGCCCAGCACCCUGCGCCUUUCCUUCCGCGCACAUGACAGGGACUUCACGCUGCUCCUGAAGCCGGACACGAGUUCCGUGUUCGCGGAGGGUGCGCAGUUCCACUCGUCGGCCGGCCCGCUGGAUUACACGGCGCAGGUCUACACGGGCAAGCUGGAAGAUGACGAGACGUCGGAGGUGUACGGCGUGAUCACGGCGGACGGGCUGUUCGACGGCACCAUCUGGACGGCCACCGAGGAAUACUACGUGGAGCCGCUCUCCCGAUACGACGCCUCGCACCCCUCCAUGCACAGCGUGGUGUACCGCCGCUCCGACGUCGACCACCCCAACGACGGCCAGCCCGCGCCCUGCGCCUCGCACCAACUACACCUCAAAAGACUACACGGAAGCCAAGCGGAACUGUUCAACCUAACUCUAGAUGACUCCCUCAACAACACAGAAAACUUAAACAAAGAAAUACAUAGUCGCAAAAAACGAUGGCUUCCAGAAGACGAGAUGCAAGACGACGAACCUAAGAAAAAUCCCGAAUUACCAUUAGAUUUAGACGUUCCUUAUACUAGUAACAGCGAUUUCGAAAAAUUAAGUACUAGAAAGCCGAAAAUUAAAAUCGAUAAGAGUAACCUCAUUACUAAAGUCCGGCUCGAUUCUGAGGAAACGAGACCGUCGAAACCAAAGACGCACGUCGAAGUGAUAAAGACGAAAGCCGGGGUCGUAACGGUUAGUAAGGAUAUUGUUAAGAAGGAGCCCGUAGGAUAUACAGUCUUGAGUGGAAAUGGAAGCGACGAUGGUAGACAUGUCAACAAACGAGCAACCGUCGACCCGAGAAAGACCACCUGUCUAGUCUACUUGCAAGCCGAUCACAUGUUCUAUCAAAGAUAUGGAUCUGAAGAAGCUUGUAUAGAAGUUAUGACUCGCCACGUACAGAAAGUCAACGCUAUUUAUAAAGUCACAGACUUCAACCAAGACGGCAAGCCAGACAAUAUCACGUUUAUGAUCAAACGGAUAAAGGUACACACGCUAGACGCUAUGAAGGACCCCGCCUACAGGUUUCCCAACAACUACGGUGUUGAGAAAUACUUGGAACUUUUCUCAGAGGAAGACUACGACGCGUUUUGUUUAGCGUACAUGUUCACAUACCGAGACUUUGAAAUGGGUACUUUGGGUCUAGCGUGGACUGGUGACCUUAAAAACGCAGGCGGAGUGUGCGAAAAGAAUGGGCAUUACCGGGGCAGCAUGAAGUCCCUGAACACGGGCAUAGUGACCCUGCUCAACUACGGCAAGCACGUGCCGCCGGCAGUAUCGCAUGUCACGCUCGCGCACGAGAUCGGACACAACUUCGGCUCGCCGCACGACCCAGAGGUGUGCACCCCGUUCGGGGAAGACGGGAACUACAUCAUGUUCGCUCGAGCGACCAGCGGGGACCGUAAGAACAACAAUAAGUUCUCCCCGUGCUCGCUCAGGGCCAUAGAUCCCGUGCUAAACAACAAGGCACGGUCGCCCAAAGGAUGUUUCACAGAACCUCAACCAGCGAUCUGCGGCAACGGCGUGGUGGAAGAGGGCGAGGAAUGCGACUGCGGCUGGGCCUCUGAGUGCACUGACGUGUGCUGCCGGCCUCAAGCGGCCAGGCCCCAUUACAAGCCCUGCACGCUGACGGAGCACAGCGUGUGCAGUCCUAGUCAGGGUCCAUGCUGCACGGCCUCAUGCACACUGAAGUUCGGCGAUAAAUGUCGCUCCGACAACGGUUGUCGCGAUGCAGCACAUUGCGACGGGAAACGCGCCGCCUGCCCCGCGAGCAGGCACAAGGCGAACAAGACGCGCUGCGACAAGGAGCUGGUCUGCUUCAUGGGGGAGUGUACCGGCUCUAUCUGCCUGGCGUACGGCCUGGAGUCGUGCCAGUGCGCGCCGCGCAAGGACGACCCGCGCUCGGCGUGCGAGCUGUGCUGCCGCAAGCCCGGCGGCGGCGCCGGCAGCGGCGGCGGCGGGCCCUGCGUCUCCUCCUUCCACUGGAACAAGGCGCCGUUCGACGUACCCGACAUGUACGCUAAGCCGGGUACGCCAUGCAACGACUACAACGGGUACUGCGACGUGUUCCAACGCUGUCGCGAAGUAGACCCGUCGGGUCCAUUGGCCACUCUGCGGAAACUUUUGCUGUCGGACGAGAGCAUUGCCGGCUUCAAGCGCUGGGUGCUCCGCCACUGGUACGCCGUGCUGCUCAUCUUGCUGGCUGUCAUCGCUUUGUUGGUGGCCAGCACGCGCUUCCUAGGCCGCCACGGCAAGAAGCUGAAGUCGGUCACCAUCAUCCACUCGUCCACCACAGAAACCGUCCGUCUGCCUGACGCUGCCGACCCUAACGGGGGGCUGAUCGUCCACACGGCUGUCAGAUCAAAACUUCCUUUAAAGAAAAAGGUUGCCCUCCGCACAAAAGCUUACCGCAAUAAAAAGGAUCAUAAAAAUAAGCAAGGAGAUAAGGCAUCUCCGGCACACGCCGCCAAAAAGAGGAAUCCAAGUCAUUCAGCGAAACCGGACGACCCUGCCAAAGUUCCGAAGGAAAGUGCCGUAGUGGUGACGAAUGCGGAGGGGAAGUCUCCGAAACAUGUCCUCCUGUCAAAACAUAAAGCAAAAAUAAAGAAACGAAAAUCCAAAAUCAAGAAAGAAACCAUCGACUAUAGUUCAAUGCAGAAACAUCCAUCCACCCCCACUAAAGAUACGGAAGCUUUAACAAAAGUUCAGAAGUGGCUUCUGAGCUCGCCACAGCCUACUGCCAUUCCUAAAUCUAAAUCUAUACCCCUAGGACUCACCGAGCGAACGCAUCGACAAGUACAAAAGGGCACACGAAAAACGAGACCGUCCAAGAGCGCCACCAAUCUGCUGUCCGGCGAGAAAGCUCGCCUGCAGGUCGUCUUCAAACCGCCGUUCAGGUUCAGCGUGAAAAUCUGCAAGAGCGACAAAACUAAAGUCGUCCUCGACAAAUCUUCCAAACCCGACCUCGAAAGAAAACGCCAGGAGGCGACCCCACAGACGACUUCCGCCACGGACCACGCCAAAUCGAAUCCUUCCCAAAGUAAACUUCUAAAACAUUCCAAUUCCACUAAAAACGAGGUAGACACUGCCGCUCCGACAUGUCCGAAAUCCGCGGAUAGGCCACAAAAACAGGAGAGUCACGGAUAUGCGAAUCUACUGCCCCGAAGCGCGAGCGACUGCAAACUAGUGAAGAACGUCCCCGUAGUGAAAAAUCCGGGGCACAAAAAGAGCAACUCGGUCGGGCAGCGAAAGGAGACGACCGAGAGCCGGCAGAACCUCAUCACGCACGAGGACGACGGCGCGCACGUGUACGAGAACGUGGCGCACGACGCGCUCGUGCCGCGCAGCUGCAGCAUGCCGCGUCGCCAGCCCGCCGCCAUCAUGCGCCAGGCCAGCCACGGCCAUCUGCCGCGAGUGCAGCCCCUGCAGGCCCGUCCGCAGCGGCGCAGCUCCUCCCGCCACAACAGCACCGGCGAGCUCGACCACGCCUACAGCACCGUCGACACGCUCCGCCGUAGCCCCGACACCAGCGACACCAACACCGCCAGCUCCGCCGGCAGUCGGUGCCGGCUCCGGACCGAGCGCCAGAACAGUCUAGGGGACAAGCGGAGCCCCGAGGCGACGAAGCUGAAGCGGCAGAUGAGCGAGAACGAGCUCGGGCGGGCCGACCUCCGCGGCUUCCAGCUCGUCGUCGGCAAGGACAAGCUGAAGCGGCAGUCGAGCGCCAACGAGCUGUGCGGGUCGCGCGUGCAGCUCGCCAUGCCGCUGUCGGCGGGCGCGGAGCCGCGGCCGCAGUUCUGCUGGAACAAGCGCGCCAGUCUGGACGGCGAGCGAGCGCGGCACAACAAGCGCACGUACACGUUCGGCGAGCUCAAGCACACGGUACCCGACGCCGCAGCCAAGGCCAAAGCCCCCUGGGACCCCUCCGACGAGGACUUCUUGAAAAUUAUUGACAAUUGAGUGAAGUGAAAAAUUUGUGACGCGGUACAGCUAUUUUUAAAUAUGUACGGACGAACUAUCGAUGUGUAGUCUGGCUAAGAAAGUUGUAUCCACCGGGUUAACAAGUGAUGCUACUUAAGUCUAGUGAAUUCAAGUUUCGUUAGCCGAGCCGCUAGCUAGGUGUAAUCGCCGGCAGGUGUAAAUAUUGUAAUUUGCUUUUAAUAUUAGAUUUAAUGUAACCUGCCACUGAAACGAAUUAUCACUCAGUCUACUCAAGGACCCCAAUUUGGAAUGUAACUUAUUAGUGAAUAUCUAAAACUUAAAGACAACUUCGUGGUCGUAGCAUCGUUGAAAUGAUUGUAGACUAGCGAUAGUCUCGUUUCACUGGACGAUCUCUAAAAAUGAAUCUCUAUUUUUUCUACAUGCUAUGUAUUGUAAAAAAAUUACUCAUACUUAUGUAAAGUGUUCAUAUACGAUGAUUUGAAGGAUAUUUUAUAAUACUUUACAUAAUUUCAUUGCGUAAUUUUACUUGCAGUAUUAAUUUAAAGAAAUCUCCGACAAAAUUAUGAAGUUUAAAUGAUUCUUAGUACAAUGAUAGCUUUUUCUUGCAGCUAAUCUAGCGACAAUGCAGUUAAUUUAGAUAGCCGUCAAUUAAUGAGUCAAUCUAUCAAUCGACAUUAAAAUAGAUUAUUAAGAUAUUCAACUCCCAUAAAAAUGUUUAUGUCUAAAAAUAUUUACUUAACGUAAAUUUAUGUAGGAUUCCUUAUCGUCCAUUCGGAUAGAUACUAUGCUGUUCUUAUGAUGCCACUUUUAAUACGAGUAGAUCAGCCGUAGGCAUUCAAUAACUUUAAAAAAAAGUUGGAAGUUUUUGCAAUCCAGAAAGCUCACAAAUUUUUCAAAACUUGCUGCUUUAUUUCGCAUUAGGAAUAAUACCGACCAUAACUAUCUUACGCAACAAAGUUCAGCGGUGUCAGCAUGGUUGCAUUUUUAUCACCUGUGACUAUGCCUGUCACUUUCGCUCUUACAUACUUGUUAGAACGUGACAGGCAAGGUUACAGGCGAUAAAAAUGCGACCGUGCUCAGCCCGGUUUAUUUGUGGAUAUUUAUUGAAUCCUACCAAAAUCAACGUCCAAAUGCUAAUAUUACAUAAUUAAAAGGUUUUAUUAAUAAGUAUAUUAUUUUUUUAUUAAUAUUGGAUUUAACACGAACUAACAGACAAAUAAAAAAAUGUAUGUCAUACCUAGAUAAUAAGCGAACUCAUGGCUGUUAUUUCAGUUGGUUACUUGUGUUCUGCAGUAUCUGGGAUGGAAUCUCACUUUAAUAAUUCAACGUAUUAGUACGACAAUAUUGUAGUGUAUAUUACAUUAAAAAGUGUUGAUAAUUAUCCUAUUAUAGAUGUUAAAUACAAAAAAAAAAUGUUUUUAAUUUAGGUCCCGCCUAAAAUGUACAGACCAUUUUCUCAUAAGGAGUUUUGUCUAUGGUCUCAAGAGUAUGAUCCAAAAACUAUGAAAUGAAAAUCAAUAUUUUUUGCAAACGGAAUUAUUAGUACAUAAAUACCACCAGAAUAACGAAUAGAAGUACACAAUUAAGUAGGUACAUUUUUCUAUCUCAGAUAUUUAUCAGAAUGUGUUCCGGUAUUUAUGCGAAACGUGCGGUGUGGCGCAAAAGUUUUGUGGCCGCGGCCCGUCGUGUAUGAGCUUCGUCGUAGGGAGGUAAGGUAAGGGUAAAACGUAAAACUAUUGUGUAGAAAUGGAUUUCUAAGACGAUACUAAAAGUAUUGGAGAUGUUACAAAUUUGUAUUUUUUAAUAUUUCUUGUGUGGAUGAUGUAGCAGUUGCAUUAUCUGUGUCCGCAUGAUCCACACAGGUUGUAUUUAGAGUUUGUUCGACGCCUGUCGCUAUAUUUCUGUUUCAACUCGUAGCUCUAUUGAUGUUCUUCCUUAUAAUCGUAUGUGUUAAUUGUGCAUUUUAUGAAAGAUAAAUGUGAUUAGAUUAUAUGGAACUAUGUAAUGGUUUUCUUGUUUAUAUAUAAAUUACUAUUAGUAGUUUCAGAUGUGUAUCGAAAAGAUUCAUUACAAUUUUUAUUUUACUGUAUAGAAAACGUUUAAAUGUUAUGAUCGUAGAUUUAUUGGACACAUCUGACCACGAUCUCGCUGUAUUUGUUCCAAGUGCCUUAUGAACAAAUCGUUGCAUUCCUACUAUACAUUCCAACCUGAAAGCAAACAACUAGUUUUUUUUUACUGCCUUGACUUGUAUCCUCCAAUUUUAUUUAUAAUGUAUUUAUGAACUGGAACUAUGGUCUGAUGCUAAUUAAAUAUAAUAUUUAGCAUUAAAUAUAUUCUGUAACCAACAGUACUUAAAUAACGUUAGUCUGUGAUAGAUUUUUAGUUUCACUUAUUUUUCUGCCGAAUAAAAUGCUAAUGUUCUACUUUUCGCUAUUGUUCUAAUUAAGGACUAUAAAUACAAAUUUGUAAUAAAUUCAUUUUCUAACGUAUUUACUAUUUCUUUCUGCAUUUUUUAAAUAUUAAAAGAAUACAACAAAA